UUUAAAUAUUAAGAUUAUAUGAAUAUAAUUAUAUAUAUAUGUUCUUGAUAGAAUAUAAUUGUUUUUACAAUGAGAUUAAAAACUUAUAAGAAAUAUAUAGAAUAUGUAAAAUCAACUGGGAUUUCUAUUGUUAUUGUUGGUGGCUGUUGGUUUUUGUAUCAAUUACGACAGGUAUCACAAAUUUUACAAUCUUCUGUACCUACUAAUGUCUUGAGUUUGGAACAACCACAUACUCAAUAUAUUUAUGUUGAUGACCCUCGGUUCAAAGAUGUACUCAUGUUACGAAAAGUUGAAAAUUUACAAUCAUCUGUGCCAGUACAAUCUCUUUCAUUCAAUCAUACUAUAAUGAAAUGGUGGAAAUCAUUAACUCGUAAUGUAGCAUAUAAAUUAUUAUACAUUGCACAGCAGGGCAAUGUCAGAGAACGUUUGAAAGCUCUUUGUACUCUUAAUUCCUUGAAACAUUUAAAAAGUUGGCAUUAUCAACAUAUUGCACAAAUGUUGGAUGCCAAAACUGCAAUUUCACUUGCAAGAAUGCCAAAUGUUGAUUCAAGAUUUUUUUUAAAGCCACCAUAUUAUCAUGUACAACAUAAAUUACAUGAUGUAAUAGAAAAAAUACAUCAAUUACUUCUUCAUUUAAGCACAUUAUGUGAAAAUACACAUCCAUGUCUUAUUCAAUUUCUUAAUAAAAAUUUUAAAGAUACACCUUCUGAUAGUCUGAUACUUGAUCACGAUUUAACAAACUUAGGGCUGGCUGUAGCACCAGCCACAGUAUGGGAUCAAGAAUUAUUACAGAAUUGUGUACAAGCACUAUAUCAUCAUUCUUGUCUUGAGCAAUAUAGCAAAGAUAUUAUUGAUGGUGGUGGUCUUUCAUUACUAAUGAUAAUAAAGAAAAUUUUUAAUGAUAACACUAAUAUGUGUAUAUUACUUGCAAAAAUAAUUUCUAAUAUUUCACUUCAUUCAAAAUAUUUGCAAGAUAUUUUUCAAGCAGGUUGGAUUGGCACAUUGGUAGAAUGGUCUCAAAGUAGUAAUGUAAGAUUAUCAGCACCAGCUAGUCGUGCAUUAGCAAAUUUAGAUAUCGAUGAAAACAAAUAUGUUAAAUAUCCAAGAUGUAUCUAUCUUCUUCAUCCUUUGCAUAAAACUACAGCAAAUAUAAAUUUGGAUGUUAUUUUCUUACAUGGAUUACUUGGUGGUGUAUUUAUAACAUGGAGACAAAGAAAUCUUGAUAUAUCUGAAGAUGGAGUUGUAGAUCCAUGUCUUAUACAAGAUGGAAUUGAUUUUUCAAGUUUGAUAGAUGAUCACUCUCAAGAAUUUUUAAAAGAUUUAACUUAUGAUUUAAGAAAACGCGAAUGGGAUAAAAUAGGACAAGAUUUUGAAAUAAUUUUAGAUGAUUGUCCUCAAAAUAGUUCCAGAGGAAAUGGACCAUUUUCCUGCAAUGGAGAUGAUGCUUGUAUGAAGAAAAUUUUUCAUGAUAAGCAACAUAAAACGCAAUGUUGGCCUAAAGAUUGGUUACCAGAUGAUGUACCAUUUAUUCGAGUUAUUGGGAUAAAUUAUGACACUAAUUUGUCAAUGUGGACAUCUCUAUGUCCAAUAGAGAGUGCAAAAGCCACUAUGGCUGGAAGGAGUGAAGAAUAUAUAAAAAAAUUAUUAACUGCGGGUAUUGGAAAACGACCUAUGAUUUGGGUUUGUCAUUCAAUGGGUGGUUUAUUAGUAAAAAAAAUGCUUGUAGAUGAAUGGAAAAAUGGCGAUAAAAAUAAUGUAUGUAAAAAUACACGUAGUAUAGUAUUCUAUAGUACUCCACAUCGAGGUUCUCGUGUAGCUGCAUUAAAACAAGCAACACAAAUGGUAUUAUGGCCGUCAAUCGAAGUACAGGAACUUCGUGAAGAAUCGCCACAAUUAUUAAAAUUACACAAUGAAUUCCUUGAUAUGUUGAAGGAAUAUCCUAUAGAGAUUGUUAGUUUUAGUGAAACUAAACCUACCCAUGUAACACCAUUGAAUGUUCCAUUUCAGUUUGUUACAUCCACUUCAGCAGACCCUGGAGUAGGUGAAUUUUAUGAAAUUGCACAAGAUCAUUUGUCUAUAUGUAAACCAGCUAGCAGACAUUCCUUCUUAUAUCAAAAACUUUUGAGCAUUCUUAAACGUCAUAUAAUUCAUGAAAAAAAAACUGUUUCUCCAAUUAUGGAAUUGCUAUCAUUACCAAGUAAAUUAUUAUAAAUUUAUUAUAUAUUUCUAUAUUUUUGUGUGGUUAUAAACAAAUUGUACAUCUUAAUGAAUAUAAAAAAGUUUAUUUUUAUAUAUGUAAAUUAACAAUAUUUAUGCCAUAAAAAAACAAGCAUAAAUUCCUCUGCAUAAAUGAUCCUCUUUUUUAAUUAUAAUAACAAUAAAUUUAA